CACAACCACGAAAGUGCACCUUACUAAGUGAAACUUGAGAAUACAUUCCAUUCUACGAUAUCCGAAACACAUUCCACGGGGGCAAUUGCAAGGAAAACGAUGAAGCUGUAUAGAAAACGAAACGAUUCGUUUGUGCUGAUGCGAAUUGUCCUGCUGCUAUCGGUCACCAUCGGCAUUUGUUCCGCAAGUGUUGGCGGGUGGUCGAAAGGUGGAGAAUUCCACCCCUGGAGGAGGGGAAGCAAAAAAAACAUCGAUGCCGAAACCAAAACCAAAACGAACCCGUUCGCCUUCGGCCUCCAGAGGGCCCUGCACCAAUCGAUAGUGGGAACCGCAAAGCCCAAGCCCGCCAACUACGCCAGCGGCAGCAACGACGAGGACGCCUCGCACGCGAUCCGAAACGCCUUUAUAGACGACACGGAGGCCGCAAAAGAAAUCAAACAGACCACGAAACCACACCUGAAACACGUGGCGUCGUCGCAAGCAGACGAGGAUUCCACCAUCAGGGCGACCCGCCCGGUGGCUGCGGUUGCCACAACACAGCGUUCCCUGUUGUUCUGGGAAAGCAUGGUCAGCGGGGCGGUCUCCAGGAGCAUCGCCCAGACGGUCAUGCACCCCGCAAACACGAUGAAAACCAUAAUGCAAUCCUCUCGGGGGCCCUCCAAACCAAAACUGCUCGAUCUGAUAAAGCCCGAGAUGUUCCACCGGCUGACGUGCGGCGCCGGAGCCAACUUUGUGCUGUCGCUGCCGCACGGGGCCUUCAAUUUCGCGGUUCUGGAAUCGAUCCGGCAGCGAAUGUCCACUUUGGUCGACUCGGUGCCCGUGCUGGAGCGAAACAAGGAGCGGAUAGGCCCGGGGCUCGACUUUCUCUCGAGCUCGAUUGCAACCAUCUGCUGUUCGGUGGUGUCGACCCCGCAAAUGAUGAUUACCGACGUGAGUAUUGUUGUUUCGUGAAUCGGUACCGUACAGUUCUUUGCUUGCGGUCCUUUGUCUUGCUUCGGAUUCGCAUGUCUGCUGAGUGACGCAGGGGAUCGAAACCGGAUCCGGAGGAUGCGAUGCGAUGCGAUGCGAUCCGAUGCGAUGCGAUCCGAUGCGAUGCGAUCCAGCAGGAGAAGAAUGUUUUGCCUUGCCACUCUUUCGAUCGCUUCCAUUUCCCGUUCAAAACAAGGACCAUUUGGUUCCAUCUGCGACCCUACAAAACUCUCACACGCAAACACAAAACCUCUCGUCUUCUUUUUGAAAUUGAUUGGUGUUGCCUCCACACCUCGUCGUGAUUCAAGAACAUCAUGGCCGGAAAUUACCCUAAUUUGAUUGCUGCCACAAAUGGCCUCUACAGUGACCGCGGAAUGAUGGGAUUUUAUUCCGGAUGGUGGCCGGGAUUGGUAGGAAAGAUCCCAUCGUACGCCCUGACAUGGACGUUUUUCCAACAAAUCAAACGCGUUCGGAGCAGCAUGUCCGAUCGACCGGCGAAAAAUUACGAAAACACCAUCAUGGGUUGCAUGGCCAGUGCCACCACCGUUUGUAUCAUGAUCCCCAUGGACACAAUCAAGACUAGAUUGGUCACACAGACCAGCGCAAAAGUGUUGGAGGGGCAGGCGUACAAGGGAAUCGUCGAUUGCGGAGUCCGGAUUGCCAGAGAGGAAGGAAUGAAAACAUUUUAUCGCGGACUUGCUCCUAGGUUACUAAGCGUUGUCCCGAUGAUUGGCAUCCAGUUCGGUGUGUACGAAGCUAUGAAAAAAGUUAUGCUGCAACGAAGCGUAUCGAUCCAGGACAAGGAAAAACCGGUCUACGGGACGGAAGAAGCUAUAGAGGAAGCUGCAAUGGAGACGGCAGCCAGUCAGGGCACCUCAUUUCCUGCCCCGCACUUCCUCAAGUACGCCCCAAAGGCAUCCAAGAAAGGCCUGCGAUCCAUGUUUGGCUUUGGCACGGAUUCAGAAAACUAAUUUGGGAGGAAUGCAAUCCAUGAAAUCGCAUGGAAUGAAGGAAGGAAUCCUUUCCAACGUUUUGACACU